AUGUCCAGCUUGAAAAGCAUCUCACAUAAUCUUCCCAGAGCAAUGCACUGCCAAACAGACGAACCCAUCCCACUCAAGGACACCAACAGCGAGAAAGCCCAACAUAGUUUCAUGGAUGUCCCAGAGCUCGCGAAGAAGAAGGCCCAGCAGAGCAAAUCCCCAAAUGAAAGCGAGAAGAAAGUCCACCCGCCCAUCCUCCCACACGAAAAUGAUAUUCUGCUCGGCCGAGGAGGCAAAAACAACAUGCACGUGGGCAACGAAAAGCUUCGGGAGUUAGCCCGUACGGUAGCCGAACAGUAUCAUCGCUCCUCCAAAAAGGAGAAGUCGUAUUUGUCGCGAACCCUGGUGCAGAAGGUAAAGGAAAUGGAUCCUCCCGGGAGAUUCUUAAGGCGCCACCCCAAGGAUAACCUUUGGGAAGACAUGAGCGACGACGAGGACAAGUGCAGAGAGAAAUGUGCUCAGGUACUGCGAGACGCCGUCGCGUACGUUGGAUUGAAAGAUGCCCCGCCACCAAGCAUGGCUCAGAGGGAGCAGCAUCUCCAACACAAUCCAUAUGCGAUGCGACAAAAUCAGCUUGCCAUGCAAGCCCAUAUGCAACAACAAUCCAUGCGAAUGAAUCCGUUUGCCAUGAGCGCAAGCACCAGCAGUCAGAUAUUGAGCCACCACCAACAACUGAUGGCAGCUUCAUCAGCGGGAGAUAUCUCGUCGGCGGCAUCCAGACAAUUUGCUUUCCCAAACUUCAAUCGUCCACCUCCUCAACUUCCUAGGCACUCUCUUACACCAUCCACGGGGUCCUACGAGCCGAUAGGAUUGUCUUCUGCGACAGGGUACGCAUCGAUGCCCCCUGCUGGUAUUCCCCAAUCCAUUAAUAUCCAUCCAGGAAUGCCUGCGCUGCAAGGCGACGGUAGGCCCUUCAACAUCUAUCCGGGAAUGCCUUCGCUACCACAGGGUGAUGGGAGACCCGCGAAACGAGCCCGACGUUUGAGCAAUCCGUACUUUGACCCAUUCGCCUCCACCGUGACAAUGACGGGUGAAACUGGCUAUGGCAACGAUAGACGCCUAUCCAUUGCCAGCAAUAGCUAUCCUGCUGGCUCAGAUUUUCCGUCUCAAAACAUCCCUGGCCCACGCGUCCGUAGGGACUCCCUGUUUGGAAAUCUUUCAGUGGGGGCACAUGGUUCUGACCACAGCGUGAGAGACUUUGAGUUGUUCCCUGACAUCACCGACAAUAACGACUGUGCUGCGCCCAAGAAUGACACAGAUGCCGCCGCUGGUGAUGAGUUCUCGUCGGACUUCUGCUAG